UCAUCAAUCAAACAUCAUCAAGUGACUUAAUGAGAUCUGAGAUCCUAAGGCGAUAGUCCUUCAACUACUUAAAACUUCUUGAUACUGAUAUUAUGAUGUCCUGGCUUUUUGAUUAACAGUCCUGUGAGUCAAGUCUUUUAUUUCUUUGGGCAUACAUGUCUCUGUGUGUCCUAAGAUAAAACGUGUACCUAACCCCUUUCCCUGCCUCUUCCAUUGAAUUCUGUAAUGCCAGAGUAGUCACUGAAGAGAAAGAGCAAUGCUGGAUCACUGAAUGAUAGAGACAGCCAAAACCUUUGGCCAGAGGAGAUCACAAAGGGAAAUCUUGCUACCUAGUGAUGUCAUAAGCACCUCCUGUGACCUGGUCCUGAGCAGGAGCUUUUAUGGCCUUUCUCCUUGUGAUACUUUCACUUCAUACCCAAGAGGUCUGAAGAGAAACAGUGUUUGCUGAACAGUAUUUGAAAAAACAAAUAGCUUUAUCUGUGCAGCCUGGUCAAGGUUUCUCCUUCAGAACGGCCCUGUGCCUAAAGCCUCCAACAGGAUGAGGCGGCACACAGCCAUCACGCAGGUUCUCCUGUUUGGUUUUGCUCUUUCAGGAUGGUUUCUCAUUUCGGAAGCCUGGGACCACGAGCCAUCCUUAGCUGGAAAGCCAUUAUCGGAUGCGGAAUAUGCGGGCUUCUUCGGUGUAAUAAACCACCCACGUAAAAUUGGCCCCCUUUGUUUAUUUAGGAUUUCAUAUGGCUGCCAGCAUCCUAUGAUCCGCCAACUGGAUUUAUACGAAAACCAUGGGUUCAUUCCAAAAGGGCAGGUGUGUUCUAACGUGGAGGAACAUCAAACUUUUGUGGAUUUCUGCAACCUGGCCCUGUAUCGAUGUACCAAGAAAAAAUAUUUUGUGAAGAGGGUUCCUUGCCCAAGUGAGAUCAGGAAGACACCUCUGGAUAUUCAAAUAAUUGACCAAGAAGUGAAGCUUGGUGAGAACAUACCAUCUCCUAAGAGACUUGACAACAUACUCAGUGCUUCUGCUGCUGCCACUUCCACCAUUGAUAGGGCUCUUUUUGAGAAGCUUGAAGCCCUCUUUUCAACACCUGCUCCAGAGGUCCAUUCUCCCCUUCUCACUGUUCCUGCUACUUCAACCACCCCUGCAGAAUCAUAUCCUGAGCCUCCCAUGAAUCAAAAACCUGCAAAAGGAUCCUUCUUCAAAAUUCUUGUAGAGUCUACAUCUCAGCUUUUUAACCAUGCAGUCAUCACCACCCCAAAGCCACCACCUAAGAGUCAUCCUAUUGGACUUUCUGUAGUAGUAAGUACUGAAGUGCACACCAGGGGUGAGUCAUCUGUUGAGCUUCAUCCUUUCAUUCCUUCUCCUCAAAUGGCCAGUCCGAAGCUUCACACCAUCUCUACUCCAGUAGCCAGCACCACAGGACUGGUUUCCAAGGUUCCUCUUCCUAAUUCAGCACCUCCCACCACUCUUGAGCUGCUUGCUUCCAUUACUUCUAGAGCUGAAAUGCAGUCUUCACAAGAACAUACCACUGCCUCUGAGGGAUUGACAGCUGAGGAGACUUCUCCAGGACUUACCAUCACUAAAACUGGCAUAGCUGCUGAAGAUAUUGUUAGUGAGUCUUCCAUCCUCAUGGGUGCAGCCAUUACCAAAUCUCCGCCUCAGCAGGUCAUUUCCAGUAUUGCACCAACCAUUAUGGAAUCCUCUUCUGAGCAUACGACUGCUGCCACUACUACUACCAUCGCAACCUCCACCUCUGCCAUAGCUCUCCCAGGAGGGCUUCUCCCCACAGAAGCAUGGAGACAUCAAUUGACAGCUGGAACGCCAUUAUCCGAUGCUGAAUAUGAGAACUUUUUCAGAGUAAUCAAAAAUCCACGUAAAAUUGGUCAUCUUUGUUUAUUUAGAACUGUGUUUGGCUGCCAGCAACCUGUGGUCCACAAGUUUGACUUGUAUGAAAACCAUGGGAUAAUUCCUAAAGGGCAGGUGUGUUCCAACCUGGAGGAAUAUCAAACUUUUCCAGAUUUCUGCACCUUUGCCCUUUAUCGGUGUACCAGGAAAAAAUAUUUUGUGAAGAGGGUUCUCUGCCCAAGUGACAUCAGAAAGCCAUCUGACCAAAAAGUGGAGCCUCAUGGGAGCGUGUCAUCUCCAAAGAUAGUUAACAACAUGCUAAAUGCUGCCGCUACUGCCACUUCCACUACUCCGAAGUUUUUUCUUGAGCGGUUCGCUACCCUGUUUUCCAAAACUGCAACCGAGUCAGUUUCUGAGCCUCCUGUAGAGAGUGUAACUUCAAAAGGAUCCUUCUUUAAACUUCGUUUGGCAUCUAUUUCAGCGUCUGUUGCUCAUCCUUUAAUGACCACAGUCACGACCACCUCAAAGGUUUGUCCUGUCACGCAAACCUCCACAACAGCCAGUUCUGAAGCUGACACCACUAAAGAGCCAUUUGUUGUGCUUCAUCCUGACGUCGUUCUUUCUAUAAUGGCAAGUCCUGAACGUAACACCAUUUCAACUCCUGGAACCAGCACCAAAGAAUCUCUCUCAAAGGUUACUAAUUCAGUCCCUGCCACCACUUCAGAAACAUCGCUUGUAUUCCUCUUAAAUCUGCUUUUGAGCUUCUUACUACCACUAAGACUGCUGUGACCACUGCACACCUUUCACAACUCUUCACUAAUUUGUUUACCACAGUGUCUGAAGAUAAUUGUUCCCGAUUCCUCGUUCUCCAUAGCUGCUGCCAUGACUGAAUUUCCUUAGGUGAUUCCUUUCAGUGCUGCACCAAUCACAACAUUAUCCGCAGAACCACCACAGUUACCACAAUCAGUACCACCAGCAUCACUAGAUGCCACCAGAACUAUCACUUCCUUGAGAAAAAUAUCAAUCCAGAAAAAUCUUCAAAUAGAACAGAUGCUGCUACAACCACAAAAAUUUUUUUCUGAGCUUCUUACAUGCAGCCCAUUUUCUGCUCCGUUCAGCACUAUUAAAAUCUUCCUGUAUCUUCUGUUUCUAACCUUUCUACUAAAGUCACCACUACCAGAAAGGUGCCAACACUUAGUUAAUAUUUUAGAAUUAAAUACUAAUAGAUGUUUUAGAAUUAUAUGCUAAAUAUAUAUUGUUCAUGAGGUUCUUAUUUCUUUUCUUUUUAAAUAGUUUUAUAUUAGGGUUUUUCCUUAUACAUAGAUAAAAUAAAAAGAGCAGGUAUGGAAAGACAGGGGGAGUCGGGAUAGGGGAAGGAUAAGUGGGGGAGGGAGAGUUAGGAGGGAUAAAAAAGGAUUGAUGGGGAGGGGAUGGGGCUCUACUAAGAGUCCCCCUAUGUGACUUUCGGUCUUCUUCGUGUUUAUGUUUCUUCUGUUUAAUUUUCUCCAUUAUUUCUUUAUGCUUCUCCUCUUCAUUUCGGUGUUCCGGAUGAUAGUUCUUUAUCAAGUAGUAUAAGCUUGAAAUAACUUCUUCCUAAGUUAUUAUUUUAAUAUUCUUUUGAAUAUAAUAGUCUCUUACUGGGUCCCAAUCCGUUCCUCUUCUUGUUGGAGAUAAUAUCUUGUCGUUAAUUUAUCCAUAUUUCUUAUUUUUAGAAUUUUGACUUCCCAUUGUUGUAUUGUUGGAAUUUCUUUCAUUCUCCAAUAUCUUGCAAAAACUAUUCUUGCCACAGUGAUAAGAUAAUUUAGGAGAGAUUCUUGAUUUUGAAAAACUGAUAAAGAAAUUUUGAAGAAAAAAGGACAAUAUCAGCUAAAACCCCAUGAAGAGAUUAAAGAGCUUUAUGGAAAUAUAUCCUGGCUACAUUAUAGACAAUUAAAACAACACUUUAGGAAAGACAAAAAUUCUGGCUUCAUGGACAAAGACACUUUUAUGGAAAGAAUAAUGAUUUCGGAAAAGAAAGGACUGACAAAAAUCUACAAAAUUUUUUGGAAUGGAAUAAUGAAACUGCAUUGAUCAAAGAAUGUAUGAUUAAGUGGGCCGCAAAUAUUGGAAGACCUAUAAAAAGAGGAAUGGGAAGAUAUUUGGAACAGGAAAUUAAAACAAAUGUACGCAUAUGACCUCAAAGAAAACUGGAUAAAAAUGAUAUAUUGCUGGUAUAUUACACCAGAAAAACUAGAAAAAAUACUAUAAGGGUGUACAAACUAAAUGUUGGAAAUGUGGACUCCAUGGAGGCUCGUUUUUCCAUGUGUGGUGGCAGUGUAAAAAAAAAACCCUAAAGAUUAUUGGAAAGGAAUACAUAAAGAAAUUCAAAAAAUCUUGAAAUUAAAGUUUGAAAUGCUACCAGAGACUUAUCUGUUAAUAAACAAUAAAUUAUAAUAAAGUUCUUAUUUCUGA